ACUAUCAAGUCUCAAGUGAUUUCGAGUGUGAAGUGAUAAUCAAUGCCGCAGCGGCGGGAAUACAGUGAUUUGUGACGCGAGAGGUGCAGAAAUAUCUGUGCUUUGACUGCUUGUUACACUCGCAAAAACCACGUCAAGGGGUCAAACAUUCAACUGACAUAUUCUGUAACUGAAGUUAACAGAAUACUUCACAGCAAAAACAGCAAAUAUUCCGCAUGACUAAUUCCCUUUGUCACUAUCUGGGCAUAUUUCUCUUGCAUGUAUUUUUUUUCGGUGGGGAAUAAAUAACACUGAAUAUCAACAACAAAAAAACCACGUGGAAUUUCCGUAUCGUCCAUCGUGACCGAUAAACGAAUGUGUUUGUGUCGUCCAGUCCAAGGGGGAGAUAAUACUCCUUAAAUCCCAACCUACAGAAUCUUAAGACACCUCAGAUUCUUCGGAACAUCUUCGAAGGCACUUUUCGGUGGUUUUUAGACUCCUUCAACUGUUAUCAUAAUUUAAUUUAGGUCAUUUUAAGUCAAAUCUUAGAUUUUAAACCUAAAGAACUGAUUUUAAUGCCUCAGGAUUUGUUCAAAAAUAAUUUUUGACUUGAUUUUUCAGUUUUAAAAAAUUCUAAACAAAUUGUGAGGUUAUGAAACCGUCUUAAAAAACCUUCUUGGACUAAAUUUAAUACCUUUAAACCUGAAAAUGAGUAAAUAUGGCGAAUUUCAUGGCUUUUUUCUAGGUCCAGAGACGGGCGACGCUCUCAAGUGCUACUCCUGCUCGUCGCUCAACAAUGCAGCGUGCGCAGACCCGCCAAACGUGACCCAGUUGGAGGUGACAGACUGCGGCGCGCUGGUGAAGAACGCCGUGUGCUCCAAGAGGAUCACCAAGACGCCGCAAUUGACAUUCACGGGGCGCCGAUGUCUCUCGCAGGACAUCUGUGACUACGCCCUGGAGCUCUCCGGCCAGGUGACGGAGGAGUGCGCCACUUGCACCACGGAUCUGUGCAACGCCUCGCCUCAGCUGACCACUUGCACUGUGAUUCUCCUCGGGAGCGCCCUCAGCCGCCUCCGGGCGAUGCUCCCCGGGGUGUGAUGCUGCCGUUUUGUACCUCUAGAGAUGUGAAUUAGUAAAGCGGCCAAUUCGCCUGCAAUCAA